AUGACUUUGAAUUCAAGUACUCAUCGGCCUACUUCCUUUGUUAUUACGGCGCUUGUGACUGCGUUUUGGUCAAACAGUAUCAUGUUUCACACGCAUCAAUCUUGGGAAAGAAGUGACAGAAGGGGCGACGAAGACGAAAUCCUUGCUUGUAGUAUCGCCUACGAGCCUCCAGAUUUUACUGCGGCAUCUACAGAGCUAACAUGGGGUCUAACACGAGGAUGGAGGGCCUCUAUUCUCGACGAUGCCACGGAAUCCUCCGCUACCAUAGACAACACAAUUUGGCCAGGCCAAUUUAUAGCAGAAACUCUCAGUCAAGUAUUUUCUAGUAUUCUAGCCGAAGCUCCAAUUUAUCAUGAGGUGCCACCAACGGAAUGGCUCAAAAGAGAGCUAAAAUGGCGGAAACCCUCUUUUUGA